AGCUCUUCCUCUGUUGCAUCACCACCCAGUUCGUUUUUGAGUGGGAGAGACGACGCUGUUCUUCUUCUAUGUUCUUCUCUCUCUCUCUCUCUCUUUCAUCUUCAUCAUUAGAAUCGAAUCCUGAGUUUUAUUUCUGUACAUAUUUGUUUCUGUUCUUCUUCCACGGAUCUAAAUCGUUUUGAUUUUGGAGCUUGGUUUGUUUUCUUCUAAUCAUCAUCGUCUUCAUUUUAAUCUGCGGGAUUCAAUCGCCUUGUUCUUAUCCUUCACCUCCAUUUCGAAAUCUGCGGCGAUUUUUAGUUCGUUUUCUGGUUUUGUUAUUUGGAUAUUUGACUUUCUUUGCCUCAAUCUCUCUCUCUCUCUCUCUGCAAUUUCAGAUCUAGGUUUUUUGAACUGGUUGAGAUGCAAGAGUCGUGGUUUUUUGAACUUGGAUCGGUUGAAUUCGCCGCGGAUUUCGUAUUUCAUUAGAGAAUCCGUUGGAGAUCUGCUUGAAUUCCUGCGAGUUUGUUUAGUUUCUUUCUUUAUUCAGGGCUUUACGAACUUCUUUUUUUCCUGGGAUGUAAUAGUGCUGGAUAAAGGGAGUUUUUAUUUUCUCGUUUUCUUUUCAGAGGUUACACCUUUUUUUUUAAUUAUUUUUUUAAAGUUCGUUCUUCUUAAUUCUCUUUUUCCUUUCCCUGGGGAAAGUUGCGUGCAUUUUUAAUUUUAAUUUUAAUUGUUUUUCCUGGAAAGUUUUUGGGGGAAUUUUCUGUUUGGACGCUGAGAAACGAUGAAUUAUUUUCCCGACGAGGUUUUGGAACAUGUUUUCGACUACGUUACGUCUCACCAGGACCGGAACGCGGUUUCGCUGGUCUGCAAAUUGUGGUAUAGAGUAGAGAGAUUUAGCAGAGCGAAAGUUUUCGUCGGUAAUUGCUAUGCGAUCACGCCGGAGAGGGUAAUCGCACGAUUUCCCGGCGUUAAAUCCCUAACUAUAAAGGGGAAGCCCCAUUUUGCCGAUUUCAAUUUGGUUCCUCAUGAUUGGGGUGGCGAUGUUCACCCUUGGGUCCAAGCCUUCGCUAAGCGCCGGAUUGCCUUAGAGGAGCUCCGUUUGAAACGGAUGGUCGUCACUGACGACAGUCUCGAGCUUCUUUCUCGAUCCUUCCCUAAUUUCAAGGCACUGUUGCUCUUCAGCUGUGAGGGAUUCACGACCAAUGGCCUUGCUGCCAUUGCUUCCAAUUGCAGAUUUCUGAGGGAGCUCGACCUGCAAGAGAAUGAAAUCGAUGACCACAGUAAUUACUGGCUUAGCUGCUUUCCGGAGAACUGCACAUCACUUAUCUCCCUGAAUUUUGCUUGCCUCAGAGGAGAAGUAAAUCUUGGAGCUCUUGAGAGGCUUGUGGCGAGAUCUCCUAACCUCAUUAGUUUGAGGCUGAACCGUGCGGUGCCUCUCGAAACCUUGCAAAAUUUAUUGUUACGUGCUCCUCAACUUAUAGACUUGGGCACGGGGUCAUUCAUUCAUGAUCGAGAUUCCGAGAUAUAUGACAGUCUCAAGGAUACCAUUUUGAAAUGCCAAUCGCUCAGGAGUUUGUCUGGUUUUUUAGAUGUUUCUCCUCGCUGCCUGACCUGCAUUUACCCCAUCUGCUCGAAUUUGACAUCGUUGAACCUUAGCUAUGCGCCCGGGCUUCAGAGCUGUGAGCUUAUAAAGGUCAUUCAGUAUUGCGAGAACCUUCAACGCUUGUGGAUUCUGGAUGGUAUUGGGGACAAAGGACUGGAAGUUGUUGCUUCAACUUGUAAAGAUUUGCAGGAAUUGAGGGUUUUCCCGUCCGAUCUCUCCGGGGUUGGUGAUGUCGCUGUCACAGAAGAAGGAUUGGUUGCUAUAACGACGGGCUGCCCGAAACUUCAUUCGAUAUUAUACUUCUGCCAUCAGAUGACAAAUGCUGCUCUUGUAACUGUAGCAAAGAACAAUCCGAACUUCAUACGCUUCAGGCUGUGCAUCCUCGACCCCACUAAACCAGACCCUGUAACUGGGAAUGCACUCGAUGAAGGUUUUGGGGCGAUUGUCCAAGCGUGCAAAGGUCUGAGACGUUUAUCUCUCUCGGGCCUUCUUACAGAUCAGGUCUUCUAUUACAUAGGGGAAUACGCAACGCAACUCGAAAUGCUUUCUUUAGCAUUUGCUGGGGACAGCGACAAGGGAAUGAUUCACAUAAUGAACGGUUGCAAGAAACUUCGCAAGCUCGAGAUAAUGGACAGCCCGUUCGGGGACAUGGCACUUCUGCAGGACAUUGGGAAGUAUGAAACAAUGCGAUCCCUUUGGAUGUCGUCCUGCAAGAUUACUCUUGGUGGCUGCAAGAUGCUAGCGAAGAAGAUGCCGAGGCUGAACGUGGAGAUCAUCAAUGAGAUCGAUCAGACGGAAUUCUACCGGGGCGAUGAGCAGAAGGUAGGGAAAAUGUAUCUGUACCGAUCCUUGGUCGGGCCAAGGAAAGAUGCACCCAAGUUUGUGUGGACAGUGUAGGUUUUGGUUACUUCUUUCCUUGAAGGCUUCUGAAUGACUUUGGUACUCUUUCUCUUAUUCUUUAGGGCUCUACUGACUAGUGGGAUUUUUAUUUUAGGUAAAUGAGUUUUAGUUCGUAUUUAUGUUAUUGUAAUUAUUGGGAGUUUUUUCAA